ACAACUGCUCACUGAAGCACAGUGCCCCGUGGUUUGUCAUCUGCGGUUGGUUUCUGACUGAAACGCCAACUUCCAACAACACAGUUGUGCUGUGUGUGAGCAUGGACGCAGCGGACGCCACCAUCGAGAAGCUCCGGGCGCAGUGUCUGGCCCGCGGGGCCUCGGGGAUUCAGGGCCUGGCCAGGUUCUUCCGCCGCCUCGACCGGGACAGGAGCCGAUCGCUGGAUGCGGCGGAGCUCCGGCGGGGCCUGGGCGACCUGGGGCUGGCGCUGGGCGAGGCCGAGGCGCAGGCCGUGUGCCGGCGCUGGGACCGCGACGGCAGCGGGACGCUGGACCUGGAGGAGUUCCUGCGGGCGUUGCGGCCCCCCAUGUCCCAGGCCAGGGAGGCGGUCAUUGCAGCCGCUUUCGCCAAACUGGACCGCAGCGGGGAUGGCGUGGUGACGGUCGACGACCUCCGCGGGGUGUAUAGCGGCCGCGCCCACCCGAAGGUCCGGAGCGGGGAGUGGACGGAGGAGGAGGUGCUUCGCCGCUUCCUGGACGGUUUCGACUCCUCUGACAAAGACGGGCAGGUCACGCUGGCAGAGUUCCAGGACUACUACAGCGGCGUGAGCGCCUCGGUGGACACGGACGAGGAGUUUGUGGCCAUGGUGACCAGCGCCUGGCGGCUGUGACCGGCCCAGACCGCGCCAGGACCCUCCUACUUGCGCUGACCCACCGCUUGGUGUCUGGAGGUGGGGGAGGGACCCAGGGGGAUCUAGAUUAAGGCCCCAGAACCGGCUGGAUCAGGUCACAGGGUCUUCCUUCCCACCAGGUGGAAUGGGACAAAGGCUCUGUGAUGGGCAGAAAGGCCCUCCCCACCCACUCCGCACAGGACCCCAAGCUGUAGAUAUCCCGCCACACACACCCCCUGCCCUGCCAGCACCACCCUGGGGCCUCAGGGUGCCCACAGCCCCUCCCUCAUGUCCCCCGGGGAAGGCAGGUGGCACAUGCGGGCCUGAGCAGAAGGAGAUGGCUCUUCUGGGAGACGAGGCACCCAAGUGUCCAGUCCUG